AUAAUUUUUUCUUAAUAAUAAGUUCCAGUGUUUCACUAAGUUCACUACCGAAUCAAAGGGAGUGAGGGCGAGAAACAGAUUCAAAGAGAAAAGGGAGAUCACAUCGCCGAAACCCUAACUGUCACCGUCGUCACCGCCGUCGCUGCCAUCGCCGCCUUAGGUCAUCUCCACCCUCCAAGUCGGCGCCUCCGCCUCCUCUGACAUCUUCCUCCACCUCCUCCCCUCCCACUUUUCAAUCUCCGCAACCUCCACAUCGACGAGUGCCUCUCCAUUCCCCUUCCGCUAUCUCUUCCCGUUCCCGCCGGAAGGUGCUCUCUCAAGGUGCAUUGUGUUGCCGACAACACCUCCUCCGCCGUUUGAGGUUGAACAUGUUGUCAGGGAAGAGAAGACAAUGGCAUCAUAUGAUCUUAUUGAGAUAUACUGUGAACUUAUUGCUGCACGCUUGCCAAUGAUCGAGUCACUAAAAGGCCCUUGGAUAAAAAAUCAUGUUCAACUAAUUAUGCAGCAUUCUAGUGUCGCAUUUAAGGAAGAAAUUUCAAGUGUAAUAUUUGCAUGUCCAAGAUGUGCAGACUUACCUGAGCUUGUAGAUGUGCGGAAGCAUCUUACAGUGAAGUAUGGGAAAGAAUUUGCAUCGGCAGCUGUUGAAUUACGCCCUGACUAUGGUGUAAAUCGCUUGUUGGUUGAGAAAUUGUCUGCCAAAGCACCCGAUGGUCCAACCAAAAUAAAAAUAUUAUCUGCAAUUAAUGAAGAACAUAAUAUCAAAUGGGAACCCAAGUCAUUUGGAGAAAAUGAUAUAAAGCCUUCUCAAGACUUGUUGGCUGGGCCAAAAACUUUUGAGAAGGCAACUUAUGCAGAACCUUCUCAAGUCCAUGUUCCAGCAGCUGUUCGUGAUGAAAAGGGUCCUCCUAACGAACAGGCUUCCUCACAAUUUAAACCAGUGUAUGAUAGACCAACAGGUUCGGAUGCACAGAAUACAAGUGAUGCUACUAGAAAGGACACUGGAAAUCAGUCAAGACCAUCAGGCAUGUCUGAUCCCAAAAUUAUGCCUUCAAGAACUGGAAAUCAAGAAAUGCAUUAUAGAGAUUCAUAUUCUGAAAACAGUAGUGCUUUUCCUACUGUAAAGCAGAAUUGGAAUAUGGAAUUUAAGGAUGCUGCCUCUGCUGCACAGGCAGCAGCAGAAUCUGCGGAGCGUGCAAGCAUGGCUGCAAGAGCAGCUGCGGAACUUUCAAGUCAUGAAAAUGUAGCAAGGCAGCGUUCAAGUGAAUCACAUAGUUCUCCUAGAAGCCAGCUAAGAGAUGAAAUACCUCAAGAAUAUUCUUUUAAUGAUGACAAAAACCUUUCUACAGCUUUUGCGUAUACCACCUUCCAUAGAGGCAGUUCUGGGAUGAACAACGAAAAAAUUAAUACAAGAGAGCAAAAUUAAUACAAGAUAACCUUAACACAUUGGUUUGUCUUUAGUAAUUUAAUACUUGCUAAUGUAGAUUCCGUGGGUUACUCCAGGAUAAUGAAUAGUUCCAUGUUAUGUAUCGCGAAGGGCCGGAGGGAACUCCGUUUCAUUCAUUGCUAGCUCAAGGCUAUGUAGAUGGGCCUGUUGAUGUUUGUUUAUGCCUUUUAUGGGAGACACCACUGGUGCACGAAAUUGUGAUUGUUCAUUCCUUGGUAACGGCGCCAAAAACUUAAUACGUACGUUCAUUAUCUUAGUUCUUUUUCACAACUUCGCACAACUAACCAGCAAGUGCACUGGGUCGUCCAAGUAAUAAACCUUAUGUGAGUAAGGGUCGAUCCCACGGAGAUUGUCGGCUUGAAGCAAGCUAUGGUCAUCUUGCAAAUCUCAGUCGGGCGGAUUCAAAUGGUUAUGGUGAAUUGAUAGUUAAAAUAUAAGUAAAAUAUAAAAUAGGAUAGAGAUACUUAUGUAAUUCAUUGGUGAGAAUUUUAGAUAAGUGUAUGGAGUUGCUUUUGUUCCUUC